UCUUCGUCAUCCGUGCUACCAUCUUCACUUGGUAACCUAAAUACAGGCUAACGGGAUGUUAGGACAUCUAUUCUGUUAAAGGAUAACAUUAUUUCAUUUCGUGCAGCACGCAUUACGCCAAUAACCAUCAUUUAUGAGGAGAGGGGUGCAAACGGAAGUAAACCAAAACAAAGGGGGAAAGUUGAGGACAUUGCAGGACAAGGAACCGGUGUUGAAAAAAGUGAAAAUAAUCCGGGAAAUAUGCCACGCAAGCAAACGCUUGUCGCCAGAGAGCCUUUUCCAACUGUUAUCAAACAGGAAAGAGACUUUGAUUGUACUUCACCGCAAAUUAUGAACUUGACCAGCAUUUAUAAGCAUCCGUCAAGUGCUCAGAAAAUGUUAGGUUGUGCAGACGUGUCAAUUUCCCGGAGUGGGCUGCACGAUCAAGCAGGAUUUACGCCAAACGGGCCGAAUUUUAGUCCAACCCAGUGCAAAAGUGUACACGGACGACCGCAGGCUAAAAGAAAGCUGGAGCUUGAGCCGGAAAUAAUACACGAGGGAUUCAAGACUCCGAAGAGUUGUAAACGACGAGCGCGCAACAUUUCGGAAUCGAGUCCACGCGGUGCAAGAUCUCCGUUGGAGAAAACGCGGUACGACACGUCGUUGGGACUUCUCACAAAGAGAUUUGUCGGUCUUCUGCGAAGUGCUCCUGAUGGGGUUGUGGAUCUGAACCAGGCAGCAGCCAUGUUGGAGGUCCAGAAACGGCGGAUUUACGACAUCACAAACGUGUUGGAGGGAAUCAGUCUCAUUCAGAAGAAAGCCAAGAACAAUAUUCAGUGGAAAGGUGCUACAAACUCCAUUGCUGCUACUAAAGGUUUCGGUGCGAACAAAACCAUCAGCACAACGGUUGUGGAUCUGCAUUCAGAUGUUGCUGAUCUUGAGGCGAAGGAGAAUUUACUGGAUGAGUUGAUCACCACCAGUACGAGGCAGCUCAAACUGAUGACUGAUGACGCAGAGAACGAAAGGUUAGCGUAUGUGACGUAUCAAGACAUUCGAAGUCUCAAGUCGCUGGAGGAACAAACGGUCAUAGCUAUUAAAGCACCGCCAGAGACCAGACUGGAAGUUCCUGACCCACACGAGAGUAUACAGAUCUGGUUGAAGAGUCAGAAGGGUGCGAUCGAAGUGUUUUUAUGUCCGGAAGACACCAAAGACUGUGAUACGACCAACGAGAGUCUGCGCGAGACGAGCGACCCGUCCUCCUCCAACACGAGUGGGGGGAGCGCCGGCCGCAUCAGUACAGAGGAGGGCUGCUUCUCUGAGGAUUCCAAUACCGGCGAUAGUUUUAGAGGUAAAGUUGAACUAAACGAAGAAAGCCCACUUCCAGUACACCCGAGUAUUUUAGCGGAUGUGACAGCGAACCUGCUACAGCACACAGAGGAUCAACACAUUGAACCCUUCCUCCAGCUUGAGCCGCCCUUGGACGUCGAGGAUUACAUCUUCGGUCUCGACGACGGCGAGGGAAUUUCCGAUCUCUUCGAUUCGUAUGACAUCACCUUGUAGUGUUACGUCCGGUUUUUGUCUUCAGGUGUCAGCUCUGUUGCUGUGGUGCAAGAAUAUUUAAUAGAAAACGUUGCAGGAUGAAUUAUCGAAAACCCACGACAUCAUUUUGUAGUGUUACAUCUCGUGUUUGUCUUCAAGUGUCAGCCUUGUUGCUGUUGUGCAAGAAUAUUUAAUAGAAAACGUUGCUGCUGCAGGAUAAAUUAUCGAUAACCUACGACAUCACCUUGUAGUGUUACAUCCGGUUUUUGUCUUCAAGUGUUAGCUCUGUUGCUGUUGUGCAAGAAUAUUUAAUAGAAAACGUUGCUGCUGCAGGAUAAAUUAUCGAAAACCACUGAAAAUGAGUGAACGGUUGAAUGUUAAAGUGCUGGUGAUAAAAGAUACUGCAUGAAUUUUGCUGUAUACUGCACAAUGGAAGAAUGGUAUGCAAGAGCGUUUGUCGACAUUAGCUUGUGAUGUAGUCGACGUGUAAAAAUUGACAAUGUCACAUGUAGUGUUAUCGUCAGUGUCGCAUCUGUUAUCGUCAGUGUCGCAUUGUUAUCGUCUUAUUUUAUUUUCAUGUAUGUUUGUUCUGUCUUUUUAAUAGUGCUUGCAGUAUGUAUAUGUCGCAAUCUGUAUAUACAAUAUUGGUGGUUUUCACCUUUGUUGUAAUUGUAUACACUUUAAUUACUUACUGAUGUUCUUGGCUGUCAUCACCCCUUUGCAAGGCUUUUGAUGGCACUGGUACUUGAAAUAUUUGAAUUACAUUAUGGCAUUUUGGUUUAAACUAUUUAUUUUCUCUUUGUUUAACAAUGGGAUUGGUUGACAAGCUAAAGUCUAUAUUAAAAACCUCUUGUUAUAUUAUGAUGGCAAGAACAAAGUUUGUUUUGUUUAACAACACCAUCAGAGCAUAUUGAUUUAUUAAUCAUUGGCUACUGAAUGUCAAACAUGGUAAUUUAGAGAGGAAGAGCACUACAUUUUUUCAUUAGUAGCAAGGGAUCUUUUAUAUGCACCAUCCCCCAGACAGGAUAGCACAUACCACAUACCAUGGCUUUGAUAUGCCAGUCGUGUUUGGUUUUUUUCAGAACAAGACAAAGAGUCAAAAUUAAUUGUGAAUAGUCAAAACUAUUAAUAAUCAAAAUCCAGAUGGCACCAGAAAAAAUAUAUAAAUUCUGAUUUGUUAAUAAUGGCAUUUUGAUAAAACAGUAUUCAAAAUACACAGUUCCUGAAAUUUUUAAAAAUGGCAUUUUAAACAGUAUUCAAAGAUACAAGGUGCACUUUACUGAUGAGUAUGCGUACACGUGUAGUAGAAAUGAAAGUUCAGCAUUUAAUAAUUACAAGUUAAUCUGAGAUUAAAGUUUUCCAUGUUUAUCCAGGAGUCCAGAUGUUUAAUCAUCUGUACAUACUGUUUCCAGGUUUUUUGUUAUAUGUUAAGAAUUGUCCAUAUUCUUCGUAAAAAAAUUAAAUUAAGAUGUUUUGGCUGAUAUUCUGUGUAUCUAUUUUAAAUAGGGCCGCUAUGUUAGACAGUUGUGGGGCCCAAAACCUUUGGGACCAAUAUCUUGAUAGUUAACCACCAGUAUUAUUAAUUAAAACAUUCCUUUCUUCCUUAAUAAAUUGUAAAACAAUAUUACAUAAAUCAGUCAUUCCAUGUGAUACACACAUUAAACUUAAAGGAGAUUUAUCAUGAACAGGUCUAGCUCUGUAUGAGCAAAUAAUUUCGCCAAAUUGUCGAUUAAACUUCAAAAACUGAAAAUUGUGCAGAAAUAGAUUUUUUUUUUUUUUCUUCUAGAAAAUUUCAUUUAUUACCCGAAAUAAUUUCACCAAAAUGUCUAUUAAAUUUCAAAAACUUCAGAAAUUGAUUUUUUUUUUGUCUUCUAGAAAAUUUCAAUUAUUACCCGAAAUUAUUUCGCCAAAUUAAAAUAAAAUUUGCCGACUGCUUUCAAAAUUUGUAAUUGGUGAGCACCAGAGCUGGGCCUGAGGAGUCGCCCUUCAAGAUAAUUAAGUUUUGUUUUGAAAUCUAAAGAUUAUCCCCUGAAAUACGAAGGAAGAAGGAAGGAAAUGUUUUAUUUUACGAAGCACUCAACACAUUUUAUUCAACAAUACUUCAAACAAUACUACUUGCACUUUUAGUAGUAUUUUGUUAGGUUCAAACUACCAACUGCCAGCAUAAAGUUGGCCAACUUUCUGCUGUCAAGACUUUGACUGUCCAGUUGCUAGUCUGAGCACUCUUACAACUCUAUUCUCGUUAGUUGUUGAUCGGAGCAUACCCGUUGUAAGUCGGAAUUUGGAGAAAUUACAACGCAACCGUUGAGUUGGCCAACUUCGUCGUGACAGUUGACAGUCUGAGCCUGGCAUUACUAGCUGUGGUUUACAUUUGCAUGGUCCCUGUUAUGCUUUAAUAUUGUUAUUCUUUAAUAAUCGCACUGCCGUGAAUUGCCUGAAGAAACGAGUAUAAUGCAGGGCAUUGCAGCUAUCAGGGGUGGGAAUUCUCCUGGGAUCAACUGAUUUCCUCUCGUGGAACAUUGCGUUUCCUCGCAUUUUCCUCCAACCUGUGUCAGAUGGCACAGAUUUUAACCUAGGAUUUCAAGAAUUUCCGGGACCUGUCUAGAUUUCCUCUUUUUAACAGCUCGCCAAUUCCCACCCUGAGCUAUACUGUGUGUACAAGACAUAUGGAUGUUUUAGUGUGUAUUGAAACAACACAUGUAUAUUUUAUUGCUGAAUCUGUUUACUGUGUAUGCUUGAUGUUGUCAUGCUGUUGUGGGUAAAAAGGAGUACAUUAUGUGUUUGUACUUAAAAAGAAAAUGUAGGGUGUUGUACUUGAAUAUGUGUCGUACUUGAAAAUGAAUGUAUGUACAUGCAGUACUUAAAAGAAUAUUUUGCGUGUUGAACUUAAAAAGUAUGUUGUGCAUGGAAAAGAGUAUCUUAUGUGUUGUGAUGUAAUGUAUCACAAACAGUUGUGCCUGCUGAAUGUAGUACAACCGUAUUCAAUGUAACACAGUGUAAUGUCUCAUUAUGUCUUAUGAUAUUUCUGGCUUAAAUGGAAUCAUUAGCAUGUUUUGAUGCAACAUUUAUAGUCCCCUGUUGUUAAAGUUUGUUUUGUUUAACGACACCACUAAAGCACAUCGGCUAUUGGAUGUCAAACAUUUGGUAAUUCUGACACGUCAUCGGAG